UAAGCAUCAAUGAAGAUAUAAAAGAAAGACGUAUAAGAGAGAGGUUUGGACUCAUCUCUUCGUCCACCCGAUGAUGGAGACGGAGGACCAAUCAGAGCUCUGCUUUCCACAACUAAGCAACAUCUCCUGCAAGAAGCCCAUGUCUCAUUGGUCUGGUGAUAUACUUUUGACAGUUCUGCUGUCCGUUAUCUGUGUCUUCACUGUGUUUCUCAACCUGCUGGUUAUCAUCUCAAUCUCCCAUUUCAGGUACACUUUUUUCAUCCUGUCAUCAUGUUUGUCAACGUGUUGUCGCUGUAAUGUCUCCGCCUGUUUGUUUUGUCAGGACUCUAGUUAGGAGCGAUGUUCUUAAUUUGUUCUUCAUCUCCAGGCAGCUCCACACUCCCACCAAACUCCUCCUCCUCUCUCUCGCGGUCUCUGACUUGCUGGUGGGCCUCCUGGUGAUUCCAGGUGAGAUCUACCUGAGAACGUCCUGCUGGGCUCUGGGCGAUGUUCUCUGUUCUCUGUGGAGCUACAUGGUCUUCAUAGUGGCGUUUGCUUCAGUGGGACACAUGGUGCUGAUAUCAGCUGAUCGUUAUGUGGCCAUUUGUGAUCCUCUGCAUUACAACACCAGGGUCACUGUGGGAAGAGUUCGAUUCUGUGUUUUUCUCUGUUGGUUCUCUUCCUUCCCCUACUCUGGCAUCAUUUUGAAGGAACAGCUGGCUCACCCCGCCAUGUACAAGUCAUGCCACGGAGAGUGUGUCAUUGGUUUUGAAUAUGCCUCAGGUGUUGUUGACAUUGUUGUGAGCUUUGUCCUCCCUCUCAGCACCAUCGUCAUUCUGUACAUGAGAGUGUUUAUGGUUGCGGUGUCUCAGGCGCGAGCCAUGCGCUCUCAUGUUACAUCCAUCAAACACCAUCAUUCAGUCACUGUUAGGGCAAAGAAAUCAGAGUUGAAGGCCGCCAGGACUCUUGGUGUCGUCAUCCUUGUCUUCAUCAUGUGUUUAUGUCCAUAUUACAUUUUUACUCUGGCAAGUGACAACAAAAUAAUAUCUUUAUUGGCUCAUUAUGCUGUUUACUUAUUUGACUUCAACUCGUGCUUGAACCCGUUAAUUUAUACCUUGUUUUAUCCCUGGUUUAGAAAAGCAGCUCGAUGUGUUGUCACGCUGCGCAUACUGAAGUCUGGCUCUAGGGGAGACAACAUACUUUAGACCAAAAGGUGAAAUAUUAAUGUUUACAGUGUCGAAUGUAGUAAUUAGUUAACCAGAUGUAAGUAAGCAGCCUCUUUUCCAAGGAUGAAAUUGUAAAGACAUCCACAUGAUUUAAACUGUAAUGAAC